AUGAAUCCUGCAGGGCGUCUCGAUCAAGUGCAGAAACAUCUUGCACCCGAGGUCGAUCCAUGCCGACUCGACGGGCAAGUCGUGCUGAUUACCGGCGGUGCGCAAGGCAUCGGCAGGGCCGCUGCUCAGCUUCUGGCCAGCAAAGGUGCCAAGAUCGCCAUCAAUGACCUCGACGAAACAAAGGCAAACGCGGCGGUUCGAGAACUUACCUCGGCUGGGCAUGAAGCUCUCGCGAUAGCAGGAGACCUCCUAGAGGUAGAUCAUCCCCAGAAACUAGUCGAUGCCGUGAUACAACGAUUUGGAAAGGUCAACGUCCUCGUCAAUGGCGCAGGAUUCCUCGUCGACAAUGCGAUCCACAGGAUGACGGAGGAGCAGUUCGACGUCGUCAUGAAAAUCCACAACUACGUGCCGUAUAGAAUGAUCAAGGCACUGUCAAAGCACUGGAUGGACAGCGCAAAUGCAGACAUGCCCAAGGCCAUUAUCAACAUUGCAUCCGUGUCGGGGCUGCACGGGACGCCAGGGCAGGUCAACUACUGUACAGCCAAGGCCGGAGUGCUGGGCCUGACCAUGGCUAUUGCUAAGGAGUGGAGCAGAUUCAACGUGCGGUGCAACUCGGUGGCCUACGGCUGGAUAGACACGCGCAUGACGCGGCCGCCCGAGGAGACGGCCAAGUUCGUAUCUGGAGGGCAGGAGAUCGUUGCUGGGAUACCGCAGAACUACAAGAAAUGGAGAGACACGUCGGACAUCCUGGUCGGUGCACGUCCGGGCACGGCGAGUGAGGCGGCGGGGGUGAUUUUGUUUCUGGCCAGUCCGCUCUCGGCCUACAUGACGGGAGCAUGUGUCGAAUGUACGGGUGGCCGAUAUUUAUGA